CUCCGGCCGGGAGCCGCCAUCUGCACGCGGGCGGGGGGACUGAGCGCCGGGAAACCCGGCGGGGACGGCAAGCACGUGUCGGUGCGGACAGAUCAGAAAGAAGAAACGCUUCUGUCCACUGUUGAGAGAGUUAAAGAAGCUGGAAGGGACUUUACCUACUUGAUUGUGGUGCUUGUUGGAAUUGGUGUUACAGGUGGUUUAUUCUAUGUGAUUUUUAAAGAGCUAUUCUCUUCUUCCAGUCCAAGUAAGAUCUAUGGAGAUGCCUUAGAGAAAUGCAGAUCUCAUCCUGAGGUGGGUAAUUGGUGUUUUGGUGAACCCAUUAAAGGUUACGGAGAGGCAACACGAAGAGGAAGACGACAGUUUGUCAGUCACUUUGAAUAUGUAAAGGAUGGACUGAAACAUAUGCGUUUGAAGUUCUAUAUUGAGGGCUCUGAACCAGGAAAGCAGGGAACAGUCCAUGUGAAAGUCAAAGAGAAUCCCGAGAGAGGAAGAUUUGAUGUCCGUUACAUAUUUGUGGAUGUUGAUUCCUAUCCUAGAAGAACCAUUGUCAUAGAAGACAACAGAUAGCCAAUGAUCAAAGUUGCUGCCACAUCUUACUGAGUAUUUAAUGAUACCGAUGUAGCCAGUCUACACAGGAAUUGUUUAGUGUUCUCGAUUAUAUCUUUGGGGCUUUCUAUCUAUGCAGCUUGGGGUUUUAUUAUAGGAAGUAACUUCUCAGGGCCUCCAUUAAAGUUCAUAACAACAGACCCAGCAUUUGAGGAGAAACCAAUGAAAAACAGUGCAGCCAUUUUUUAGGGAAAUACUUACGACAUAGGAAAAUGUCUCUUAAUAAACUGUUUAAUGCUGGACAGUGUUUCUACAUCCAAUAACUGAGGGCUAGGUGGGGAGUUUCUUGUCUUCCUUUGCUUGGAUUUUCUACUAGCUGUUAAAGAAAGUGAUAUUUUAAGUGUAGAGAAACUCACUGUUUCCAUUCUGGAUGCCUUUAUAGGUAACUAGUUAAAAUAAGAAUGCGUGUUAGUGAUGCAAAGGAGAUCUAGCUCAAAUGCAUCUAAGAAUAUGAAUUGUGGAGACCUACAUCCAUGGCAAAUGACUGAACAAAGACUUCAGAGUUGAUAUCUUCGAAAUAAACAGCAUCUGUAUUAUCUGCUCCUUU